AUGGCCAUCGAUCAAUCAACACAAUGCAUCACAUUGCGGGCCGAUUUCUGUAGGAUCACGGCUACCGCAGAUGAGUUAAUUGCCAAAGUCUUCCCGAAUCUGCCACAAAAUUACAGAAAUCUUCAGUGGCUCGGUGCCUGGGCCAUAUUAGCAGCCAAAAACAUCGAUGUGAAUGCAAUCAAUUUCAGAAUUCAAAACAAAAUUCCAGGCGAUUUGACAACUUACAAGUCCAUAGAUACUGUAACGAAUCAAGACGAAGUAGUCAAUUAUCCAACUGAGUUCUUAAAUUCGCUUGAUUUGCCAGGCAUGCCACCGCACGUUCUAUCGUUAAAAAUUGGCGUUCCCAUCAUUCUUCUACGAAACAUCAAUCCACCACGACUCUGUAAUGGUACCAGGCUUUCGGUAAAGAAAUUGAUGAACAACAUUAUCGAAGCUACAAUUUUAAACGGAAAGUUUAAAAGCGAAAAUGUAAUGUUGCCUCGAAUCCCAAUGGUUCCUACAGAUUUGCCCUUCACAUUCAAACGUUUGCAGUAUCCGGUGCGAAUCGCUUUUGCAAUGACCAUCAACAUAGCACAGGGCCAAUCGCUACAAGUGUGUGGACUGAAUUUGGAAAAUCCAUGCUUCUCACAUGGACAGCUGUAUGUUGCCUGCUCCCGCGUCGGAAGACCGGCUGAUUUAUUUGUGUACGCACCAGACGGUAAAACGAAAAAUAUUGUAUAUCCAAAAGCACUUCUGUAG